GGUGGGCUGUCGGCUGGCUCGCAGUACAGGGUUGUCAUGGUAACCAGAUACGAGGGGGAUCAGACAAGCGACAGUGAGAGCGUCAUCUUCACCACAGAAGACAACGGGAUCUCAGGGGGAGCCAUAGCUGGUAUAGAUCAUAGGCCUGCUCAUCCUGGCGGCGCUGGUCAUCUUCAUCGUGCUCUUCGUGCUGUGGCGCAAGGGCAAGAUCAUGCAGCAGGGCCGCCCCAACGACCACAUGCAGACGGUAUCCAGGGCCUUCAGCAACAUUCGAAAGAAGACCUUCAGGGCCGGACAUGCAGGAGGAUUCUCAAACAGUGCAUACAGGGCGGAUGAAGACGAGAUUUAUCUGUACGGCUCCAUGACCUUUGGCACGCGUCAGAACUGGCAGUUACAGAGCGACUCUCUCACCUUACUAGACCACCUGAUGGAGGGCAAGUUCGCCAACAUCUUCAAAGCCAGUCUCCGUGCCGCCAACUCUAACAAAACAACUGUUGUGGCUAAGUUACUUAAGAAUGGCUUCUCUAAGGACGAUGCCCUGAAGAUGGUGGCCAAGAUAAACUUCUUUGCGACACAGGUGGACAGCCACGACAAUGUCAUUCACUUCUUAGGCGCCGUCCUCGAGAACUCUGCAUGGGGUCCAGUCAUGGUUUUAGAAUACUGCGAGGGGGAACCACUGGAUAAGUGGCUGACCUCCUACAAGGGUAAACGAGUUGACGAACAGGUCAUGGACAAACUGUACCAGUUCAGCAUCGGGAUAGCCAAGGGCAUGGAGUAUCUAGCGUCCAAAAAGAUUGUCCACCGGCGACUGGCGGCGAGGAACAUUCUGUUGACCUUUAUUCACGAUGUCAGGGUGGCCGGCUUCGGACCGCAGCACAAAGAUGGUGACCAGGAUGCCGAAGCCCAGCAAACACGAGUUCCUGCCAAGUGGGCCGCACCAGAAGUCUUGGCCAACAAUAUUCCGACAGAGAAAAGCGAUGUCUGGUCCUUCGGUGUAGUUCUUUGGGAGAUCUUCAGCAUGGGUGAUACGCCAUAUCGGGAGAUAAGGUCUCAGGAAAUUGGAUCGCGGUUAGAGGGAGGCUACCGUAUGAACAAGCCUGAGUACUCUGACGAUGAGCACUACAAGCUCAUGAAGCAGUGCUGGGAAUACAAACCCAACCGGCGACCAGCUUUCAAGGAAAUUCGUGGGCGACUUUGCCAGAAUUUCUCGCCCAUCCGCAACAGCAGCGACUUCUACUACGACACCAACGAGCUGAAUGGACGUCCACAACCGUAGACAUCAACUACUUCGCCAUCUUCUUCUCUCCAGUCAGCAGGUCCUUGAGUAGAGUCUGUACUGCAGUAACACGCUGCACCCGACCAUUCACAUUCGUGGGGUUCAUCGGACCAAAUUCGUCUGAAGGGAAAAGAUUAUAGACAGGUGCUCGUUGUCUAAACUCCGAUUAGUGGGAUAAAGAACUGUUUGAGCACAGAUCGAGGUUAUGAGAGAACUGUUAAGUUAGACGAAUGUUCAUUACCAGAGAUUGAAAAAAAAA